CCUGGCAGACUCUCACGAAUACUACAUGGCGGACAUCCAGGCCAGGAACCAGCGCCUGGAAGAGCAGAGAAAGGAAAUCCAGAGGCGCCUGUCGGACCUGGCUGCCCAGGACUCCUCCACCGCUCAUGUGGAGCAGCUGUUGCUGGAGCUGAGAGCCCAGGAAGGGAAGAACCAGCUGGCGCUGGAUGCCCUGAGGGAUCAGAUUGGACUCCUGCAAGCUGCAGGCGCGAGAAGCCAGCAGGAGCCAAGCAGCCACCGAACCGCGGCCGGUGCUGCAGAGAAGAGAAGGGAGCAGGUCUCCCUCAGCCUCAUCCCGCUGCCCCCAGCCUCGGGGCCCCUCUCCGCUGAGAUAAGAGCCCUGCACUUGGCGUAUCUCCAGGGUGGAGGCAGUGACCCGGCAGUCCUGGCUCAGCUGUACGAUCUGCAGGGGGAAGCAAUGGUGCUGGAGGCAGCAGCAGGGAAGCCGGAGCGCAGAGAGAAGAAGAAAAAGCCCCGCGCCGACAACGCCCGGCCCCUGGACGCGGAGCUGCUGGCCGUGGAGCUGCAGAACCAGCGGCUGGAGGACGAGCUCUUCAAGCUGAAGAUCCAGAGGGAUAAGAGGAGAGCGGAUGAGGGUGUGCUGGGCAGGGAGCUGGCAGAGCUGCAGCGGGCACACGUGAGGGAGAUGACACAGGUGCAGGCCGAGAUUGGGAUGCUGAGGCGCGACACCGAAAGGAUGCAGCCGCGACGGGGUGGCAGGCGGUCGCCGCCUCUGCUCCCUCCGCCGGUGGCGCCCCCCCUGCCACCUCCGCCACCCCUGCCUCUGCCAGGGCUGCGCGAGCCCCCCGUCCUGGAGUCGAUGGGACCUCAGACCCCAGCGCUCAGCAGACCCUGGCUGGAAUCGCCGGAUGCCCUGGGACCUGCCCCGUAUGACCCUGGCGCCGGCUUCGCCAUCUUCUACGACUUCCUGCUGGGCUUGGACCCCACCGUCGUCCAGGUGCGCCUGGUGGCCGGGCUUUACCGUGAUGGGCAAGAGAUGGGCAAGCCAACCCCUCUCCCCAGCGCCGAUUGCGACGUGGCUCGGGCCCCGCGGUACCUCGCGGAUGGGCGGAGAGGCAACGGGGCGAUCCUGGCCACCAAGCAGCCGGUUCCAAGGGUCCGUCCCUCCACCUCCAUCGCGCUGGUGGUGGAGCUCCAGGCUGCCGGGGGCUUCGACGCCUACGGGCUGGAGAUCCAGCGCUUGGCUUCCCGUGGGUGGGCCAAGAUCACCCUCUUCGACCAGCUGCACCAAGUGAUCAGCGGCCGAUGGAAGAUCCCCGUCCGGGUCCUGCCCGUGAAGCCGGGACUCACGACGGAGCAGCUGAACGGGGUCCCUCAGGCUGGCAAGACGGAGCUCUACCUUCGAGUGGUGAACGCGAGAGACGCCGACGUGCAGUCCCUGGCCGAGAUCGACCCCGGCAAUGCCUCCCUGUACCGCUUCCCUCCCACGGUGUCCAGACGCAUGGCACCCCCCGAGGACAGCUCUCCAGCCCCCUUCCACCCUGCUCCCGCCAGCCUGUCCCUUUCUAUUCCCCCUUACACUGGCUUUGUUGACCCACCUCCUAUUCUGGAGCAGCCUGUCCGGCACAAACCUGAUCAGAGGUGAGAAAG